CCAAGCACUGGGGUCAGGCGGCCGCCUGGGAGGAGAAGGCAAAAUAGAAACGGAGAAGGGAGAAGAAGUCCGCCGGGAGGUGAGAGCCAGUGAGCUUUCUGCCGAGGCCGACCCCUGAGCCCGCGCUCCCUCCUUCUCAGGAGCUCCGAGAGCUCAGCCGUCGGACGUUUCGAAUAUCCCGUGUCUCCCGGCGCACAACCCUCAGUCCCCAUGGCCAAAGGAGUCGGGGCCCUCGUGAUCCUCUUUGCCUUCUUGAUCCAAGGAUCUUCUUCGCUCCCGGCUCCUCAGAGGACUCAGCGCCACAUGGACGGCGCCUUCACCAGCGAGCUGAGUCGCCUGAGGGAGAGCGCUUUCGUCCAGAGCCUGGUCCGCGCGCUGGUCGGCCUGGGGCCCAGCCCGCUCCGCUGCCUCCCCAGGACCCAGAGACACUCAGACGGCGCCUUCACCAGCGAGCUCAGUAAAAUAAGAGGAAACGCCCAGGUGCACCGCCUUAUUCAGCAGCUGGUGGGUAAGCGCAGAUCAGUCAGAGAGCCGGAGGAGGUGACUGGAAGGAGCGGGGAAAAUGGGCCCCUCGCCUCGGCCCAGGACAAUUCGCCCUGCCUGAAGUGGCUUCGAAUGUGCCUCCCACAGAACGGUGCAGAACUUGGAGGGAGAUCCCUCGGAAGCAACUGUCUCUGGCAAGUCGCUCCGUGGCCAGAAGCUGAGGCUGAAGGGAAAGGAGCCUCUCCCGGGGAGGGCGCCCAAAGGCAAAGCGCUCGCUGUCUGACUCAGUAAUAAAGGAGCAUCUGAUACAGA